AUGGAGCUCUCUCAGGCCUCAGGCGCCGCCACCUGCACCGCCGUCGUGGUGACGUCAGCGCUCGUCGCCGCAGGAGUCGCCGCGUUCUCCAGCGGAGCGCUCUCGCGCACCGCGGCAGUCGUGACUGCGGGCGGCGCGGGGAAGGAGGCUACUGAUUCCCGGUCCGACGCGGGUUCGUUGAAAGCGUGCAAGGCGAUGGAGGGCGUGGUGGCGUGGCUGCCAGCGGAGAUCGCCACGUCGCUCGACGACUUCCCCUUCUUCCUCAAGUCUGCCGCUUUGCCCUCGUUAAAAUCGUGUUUGAUUAAUCUGCAAGUCAACGCGUCGAAUCUGACUCACGUUCGUUUGUCACCUCGCAGCAAGAAGACGCGCGAGCUGCUCACCGCGUCGGCCGGGAGAACGUUCAUUCGCGAGGGCGCGUCGAAGCGGUCCCACUCCAUCACCGUGCGAGGCCCCGAAGAGGUUCGACGCCGCGCUCUUCCUCCUCGACGCCUCCUUCGUGCACCUGCUCUCGCAGGUACGAGCUCGGAUCUUUCUUGCCGCGCCGUUGUAUCCGUCAAGGCUUCUCCUUACUCACGACGUGGCAAAGCCGGUCGUCCCUAUGUGGGCAGCAGAGGUCGUACUGGCGGGGUGCGUCGAGCAGCCGCAGCAAGCCCGCCAUCUGGACUGGAGGUGAGCAUCCCGCGGCUUCAUCCCCUUCUGGGUGGUCCGCACACUGGUUUGGCUUCCACGUGCUGGGACAUCUCUCCCUGCUUCACGCUCACGCUCACAUGGACUCUCGUCCUUGGUGGCAUGGCAGGGUCGGGCUUCGCCUACUUCACGGAGAAAGGGGAUGCAGCUGCCACGCUGCAGGCCAUCUCGAGGACCGCUCGUGCGCGGCCAGUGGUCUGCCUGGUGGCGAGCGCGGAUGGCUGUGCGGCAGCGGUGGCGCAGACCCUGGCGAAGCGGGUGGAGGGCCCCCAUGGCGUGCUCGUCAUUGCCUCCUGCACCGCCGCCUGCGAGGACGUGCAUGCAGCAUCUUACUCGGAUGUGGAAGUGCGUGCUCCCAAGGAGAGUGAGAAGGUGCGGGCGUGGGAGGCGAUGCUUAAGGAGCAGAGUCACUACAUGGUGUGCGAGCGGAACCUGCAGGCCAUCUUCCUGGCGCUCAAGGCGCGCAAGGUGACGUGGGAUGAGGACGUUGCUGAUGCGCGGUUCAACUUCACCGCCGCCCUCACUGCCCAUGAGGUGCAGGACAUCAUCAACAUGGCCCUGUCGGAGCAGAUGCUUGCCGGCCGCACCAACGCACAGCUGCACGUCACACGCGACAGGCUGGAGUACUCGCUGAGUCUCUUCUUUGACGAGGAUGGUGCGUGCCAUGAGAAGACCGCCGUCACCAACGGCCAGGUGGGGCAGGGCAAGGAGGCAGUGGCGGUGCACAAGGCGGUGCUGCGUGUGGGCAUCCCCAAGGGCGACGAGGGCGGGGGCUCCAAGGUGGGCACGCCCAGGGGCGACGCCGUGAAGACGCCCAGGGCAGCGGAGGCACUCGCUGCCAAGGUCGCCUCUCCCAAGGUGGCCACGCCUAAGAAGCCGGCUCCGGCCCCUGCCCCGGCAGCAGCCUCUGACGACAAUGACUUUGAGAAGCGCAUUCGCCCGGAGAUUCUGGCGCCGGGCAGCAUUGGCGUGACGUUUGAGUCCAUCGGCGCGCUGGAGAGCGUCAAGGAGUCGCUGCGAGAGCUGGUGCUCGUGCCACUCAAGCACCCCGACAUCUUCAACAAGGGCGGCCUGCUGCAGGCGUGCAAGGGCAUUCUGCUGUUCGGCCCGCCGGGCACGGGCAAGACGAUGCUGGCCAAGGCAGUGGCCACGGAGUGUGGGGCGAGCUUCAUCAACGUGUCCAUGGCCACCAUCACCUCCAAGGUGAGCUUCAUCAACGUGUCCAUGGCCUCCAUCACCUCCAAGGUGAGCUUCAUCAACGUGUCCAUGGCCACCAUCACCUCCAAGGUGAGCUUCAUCAACGUGUCCAUGGCCACCAUCACCUCCAAGGUGAGCUUCAUCAACGUGUCCAUGGCCACCAUCACCUCCAAGGUGAGCUUCAUCAACGUGUCCAUGGCCACCAUCACCUCCAAGGUGAGCUUCAUCAACGUGUCCAUGGCCACCAUCACCUCCAAGGUGAGCUUCAUCAACGUGUCCAUGGCCACCAUCACCUCCAAGGUGAGCUUCAUCAACGUGUCCAUGGCCACCAUCACCUCCAAGGUGAGCUUCAUCAACGUGUCCAUGGCCACCAUCACCUCCAAGGUGAGCUUCAUCAACGUGUCCAUGGCCUCCAUCACCUCCAAGGUGAGCUUCAUCAACGUGUCCAUGGCCACCAUCACCUCCAAGGUGAGCUUCAUCAACGUGUCCAUGGCCACCAUCACCUCCAAGGUGAGCUUCAUCAACGUGUCCAUGGCCACCAUCACCUCCAAGGUGAGCUUCAUCAACGUGUCCAUGGCCACCAUCACCUCCAAGGUGAGCUUCAUCAACGUGUCCAUGGCCUCCAUCACCUCCAAGGUGAGCUUCAUCAACGUGUCCAUGGCCACCAUCACCUCCAAGGUGAGCUUCAUCAACGUGUCCAUGGCCACCAUCACCUCCAAGGUGAGCUUCAUCAACGUGUCCAUGGCCACCAUCACCUCCAAGGUGAGCUUCAUCAACGUGUCCAUGGCCACCAUCACCUCCAAGGUGAGCUUCAUCAACGUGUCCAUGGCCACCAUCACCUCCAAGGUGAGCUUCAUCAACGUGUCCAUGGCCACCAUCACCUCCAAGGUGAGCUUCAUCAACGUGUCCAUGGCCACCAUCACCUCCAAGGUGAGCUUCAUCAACGUGUCCAUGGCCACCAUCACCUCCAAGGUGAGCUUCAUCAACGUGUCCAUGGCCACCAUCACCUCCAAGGUGAGCUUCAUCAACGUGUCCAUGGCCACCAUCACCUCCAAGGUGAGCUUCAUCAACGUGUCCAUGGCCACCAUCACCUCCAAGGUGAGCUUCAUCAACGUGUCCAUGGCCACCAUCACCUCCAAGGUGAGCUUCAUCAACGUGUCCAUGGCCACCAUCACCUCCAAGGUGAGCUUCAUCAACGUGUCCAUGGCCACCAUCACCUCCAAGGUGAGCUUCAUCAACGUGUCCAUGGCCACCAUCACCUCCAAGGUGAGCUUCAUCAACGUGUCCAUGGCCACCAUCACCUCCAAGGUGAGCUUCAUCAACGUGUCCAUGGCCACCAUCACCUCCAAGGUGAGCUUCAUCAACGUGUCCAUGGCCACCAUCACCUCCAAGGUGAGCUUCAUCAACGUGUCCAUGGCCACCAUCACCUCCAAGGUGAGCUUCAUCAACGUGUCCAUGGCCACCAUCACCUCCAAGGUGAGCUUCAUCAACGUGUCCAUGGCCACCAUCACCUCCAAGGUGAGCUUCAUCAACGUGUCCAUGGCCACCAUCACCUCCAAGGUGAGCUUCAUCAACGUGUCCAUGGCCUCCAUCACCUCCAAGGUGAGCUUCAUCAACGUGUCCAUGGCCACCAUCACCUCCAAGGUGAGCUUCAUCAACGUGUCCAUGGCCACCAUCACCUCCAAGGUGAGCUUCAUCAACGUGUCCAUGGCCACCAUCACCUCCAAGGUGAGCUUCAUCAACGUGUCCAUGGCCACCAUCACCUCCAAGGUGAGCUUCAUCAACGUGUCCAUGGCCUCCAUCACCUCCAAGGUGAGCUUCAUCAACGUGUCCAUGGCCACCAUCACCUCCAAGGUGAGCUUCAUCAACGUGUCCAUGGCCACCAUCACCUCCAAGGUGAGCUUCAUCAACGUGUCCAUGGCCACCAUCACCUCCAAGGUGAGCUUCAUCAACGUGUCCAUGGCCACCAUCACCUCCAAGGUGAGCUUCAUCAACGUGUCCAUGGCCACCAUCACCUCCAAGGUGAGCUUCAUCAACGUGUCCAUGGCCACCAUCACCUCCAAGGUGAGCUUCAUCAACGUGUCCAUGGCCACCAUCACCUCCAAGGUGAGCUUCAUCAACGUGUCCAUGGCCACCAUCACCUCCAAGGUGAGCUUCAUCAACGUGUCCAUGGCCACCAUCACCUCCAAGGUGAGCUUCAUCAACGUGUCCAUGGCUACCAUCACCUCCAAGGUGAGCUUCAUCAACGUGUCCAUGGCCACCAUCACCUCCAAGGUGAGCUUCAUCAACGUGUCCAUGGCCACCAUCACCUCCAAGGUGAGCUUCAUCAACGUGUCCAUGGCCACCAUCACCUCCAAGGUGAGCUUCAUCAACGUGUCCAUGGCCACCAUCACCUCCAAGGUGAGCUUCAUCAACGUGUCCAUGGCCACCAUCACCUCCAAGGUGAGCUUCAUCAACGUGUCCAUGGCCUCCAUCACCUCCAAGGUGAGCUUCAUCAACGUGUCCAUGGCCACCAUCACCUCCAAGGUGAGCUUCAUCAACGUGUCCAUGGCCACCAUCACCUCCAAGGUGAGCUUCAUCAACGUGUCCAUGGCCACCAUCACCUCCAAGGUGAGCUUCAUCAACGUGUCCAUGGCCACCAUCACCUCCAAGGUGAGCUUCAUCAACGUGUCCAUGGCCUCCAUCACCUCCAAGGUGAGCUUCAUCAACGUGUCCAUGGCCACCAUCACCUCCAAGGUGAGCUUCAUCAACGUGUCCAUGGCCACCAUCACCUCCAAGGUGAGCUUCAUCAACGUGUCCAUGGCCACCAUCACCUCCAAGGUGAGCUUCAUCAACGUGUCCAUGGCCACCAUCACCUCCAAGGUGAGCUUCAUCAACGUGUCCAUGGCCACCAUCACCUCCAAGGUGAGCUUCAUCAACGUGUCCAUGGCCACCAUCACCUCCAAGGUGAGCUUCAUCAACGUGUCCAUGGCCACCAUCACCUCCAAGGUGAGCUUCAUCAACGUGUCCAUGGCCACCAUCACCUCCAAGGUGAGCUUCAUCAACGUGUCCAUGGCCACCAUCACCUCCAAGGUGAGCUUCAUCAACGUGUCCAUGGCUACCAUCACCUCCAAGGUGAGCUUCAUCAACGUGUCCAUGGCCACCAUCACCUCCAAGGUGAGCUUCAUCAACGUGUCCAUGGCCACCAUCACCUCCAAGGUGAGCUUCAUCAACGUGUCCAUGGCCACCAUCACCUCCAAGGUGAGCUUCAUCAACGUGUCCAUGGCCACCAUCACCUCCAAGGUGAGCUUCAUCAACGUGUCCAUGGCCACCAUCACCUCCAAGGUGAGCUUCAUCAACGUGUCCAUGGCCACCAUCACCUCCAAGGUGAGCUUCAUCAACGUGUCCAUGGCCACCAUCACCUCCAAGGUGAGCUUCAUCAACGUGUCCAUGGCCACCAUCACCUCCAAGGUGAGCUUCAUCAACGUGUCCAUGGCCACCAUCACCUCCAAGGUGAGCUUCAUCAACGUGUCCAUGGCCACCAUCACCUCCAAGGUGAGCUUCAUCAACGUGUCCAUGGCCACCAUCACCUCCAAGGUGAGCUUCAUCAACGUGUCCAUGGCCACCAUCACCUCCAAGGUGAGCUUCAUCAACGUGUCCAUGGCCACCAUCACCUCCAAGGUGAGCUUCAUCAACGUGUCCAUGGCCACCAUCACCUCCAAGGUGAGCUUCAUCAACGUGUCCAUGGCCACCAUCACCUCCAAGGUGAGCUUCAUCAACGUGUCCAUGGCCACCAUCACCUCCAAGUGGUUUGGCGAGGAUGAGAAGAACGUGAGGGCGCUGUUCACCCUGGCGGAGAAGGUGGCGCCCACCGUCAUCUUCAUUGACGAGGUGGACAGCAUGUUGGGGCAGCGCAAGGGGGCGGGGGAGCAUGAGGCGAUGAGGAAGAUAAAGAACGAGUUCAUGACGCACUGGGACGGGCUGGCGUCCAAGGCGAGCAGCCGUGUGCUCGUGCUGGCCGCCACCAACCGCCCCUUCGACCUCGACGAGGCCAUCAUCCGCCGCUUCCAGCGCCGCAUCAUGGUGGGGCUGCCGGACGCGGUCAACAGGGAGCUCAUCCUGCGCUCCAUCCUCAAGCACGAGCAGGUGGACGCUGACGUGGACUACCGUGAGCUCGCGCAGCUUACUGAAGGCUUCUCUGGGAGCGACCUCAAGACUCUCUGCACCGCAGCAGCUUAUGGCGUACUGAGGGAGGCUCUUGCAGCAGCAGAUGGUGGUGCAAAUGAGGAAGCAUUGAAGCUCAGGCCACUGACGUUGGAGGACUUUCGUGAAGGCAAGAACCAGGUCUCGGCCAGUGUGGCUGGCGAGGCGCAAAGCAUGCAAGAGCUCAAGGAGUGGAACAACCUUUAUGGGGAGGGUGGGAACCGCAAGAAGGCUACACUUUCCUAUUUUCUGUGA